AUGAAGGAACUCUUAUACGUUCAUAAGCCUAUCAUGCUGGACAGUACCAACUUUGGUCACUGGAAAGUGAGGAUGCAACACAUCAUCAGAGGAGUUGAUGAAGAUGCUUGGACGUCUGUAGAAGAUGGUUGGAGUGCUCCUACCGUUGUCUUGGAAGAUAAGUCUGUUGGUCCACAGCCUAAAGACCAGUGGACUGAUGGUGAGAAGAAAGCGUCGAAGUUCAACUCUAAAGCUCUAACUGUCAUAUUUUCUUCAGUAGAUGUUGAGCAGUUCAAGAUCAUACAAGGAUGUGAAUCUACCAAGCAAGCGUGGGAUACGCUCAUAAAUCACUUUGAAGGAAAUACCAGUGUGAGAAGGACACACCUUGAUCACCUAGCCUCCAAGUUUGAGAACCUGAGAAUGAGUGAUGAUGAGCCGAUUGAUGGAUUCAUAUGCAAGAUCAGUGAAUUGGCAAGUGAAGCGUCUGUUCUUGGCAAGAAGUAUGAAGAAAAGGAUUUGGUGAAGAAGCUGCUAAGGUGCUUACCACCACGGUUUGAAGCUUAUAAAGCUGUUCUCACACUUGAUGUUGACAUAGAUGAGAUGAAGUUUGAUCAACUCUCAGGCCUUCUGAAGGUGCAUGAUCUUGAGAAAACCGACCGACAAUCUACUAACCAGAAGAGCAUUGCCUUCACAGCUGAGUCUAAGGAUGAUGGUCAAGUCACUAAGAUUGAAGAGAAUCUGAGUUUAAUGGCUCGAAACUUCAACAAGUUUGUCAAGCGUAUGGAGAAAGGUGGUGGUAGAUCCAAUGGACGCUACCAAAAGAAUGAUGUUGAAAGGGGCAGCUCUCAGCACUCAAAGCAGGAUUCGAGCAAGAACACAAAGAAGUGUCAUGAGUGUGAAGGUUACGGCCACUUCAGAAGCGAGUGUCCCCUUGCUAAGAGAAAAGAGCAAAAAUGUAUUGAGUGUAAAGGCAUUGGGCAUACACGCAGUGAGUGUCCUAGCAUUCUCAAGAAAGAGAAGUCUCUUAUGUGCUUCAGUGACACUGAAUCUGAAAGCGACAGUGAUGAAGGUGAGCUGCACCUAAACUUCAUGGCUCUAAUUGGUCAAGAAAGUGGAAAAGACUCUAAUGCUUACAACGAGGAUGAUGAUGAUCUUGAGCAAGAUCUUGAAACUGAGUACAAGAUUCUAUUUGACAAGUUCUAUGAUCUCAGUCAUGAGAAUCUCGAGCUUCUCAAGGAUAAAGCAAUGCUGAAAGCUCAGAUUAACAUACUGGAACUUGAUCAGCCUUCCACCAAGGCAAAAGCUUACUCAAUUGACCGAGAGCCGGAUCAAGAAGUUCUUGCACUUAAGAGAGCGAUGACAGAGCAGGAACAAGUUCGUAAGGAAGCUGAAGCACACGUACAAAGGUUGAGCGAUCUCUUAGCCGUAGAGACUGAUCGAAGUAGGCUACUCGAAAUUCAACUAACUGAAAAUCACAAGAAGGUUUGCAUGCUCUCAGCUGGUACUGCAACUCUUGAUCACAUACUUACAUUGGGACAGUGUCCGAGUCUCAACAUUGGCUUGGGAUAUAAAGGAUCUACCUCAAAGGCUACUGAAAUGAAGUUUGUGAGGGAAGCUCCUAAUGAAGAAAAGAAACCUGAAGAGAAAGGGGUCCCUGCUGAAAGAAACGAGAAUGUCCUUCCUAAACCAAGAAGACGUGGAAACGGAUGUCAUUUCUGUGGGAAACGAGGACACAACGCUAGGUUUUGUUACUUUCGAAGACGUCAGUAUGAGAGAGCAUGGAGGUUGAACCUGUGUUUCACCGAACCAACUGCUUAUGGUUGCGUGUGGAUAGCCAAACGUGAUCUAUAUCCGAACUACAAAGAGAACACUCACUCUGAACUAAACACCGUUUCUGUUAAGUCACACACUGAAGCAGAACAUGAUCUUGUUUGCAACUUUGUGCGAGUACAAGUAGACACAGAGAUCGUUAGUAAUGUUGCUUAUACCUCUGCUGAAGAAGCAUCACAAUCUCAACUUCCCUGGUAUUUUGAUAGUGGGUGCUCAAAGCAUAUGACUGGAAGUGAAGACUAUCUUGAGAAACUCGAACUCAUCAGAGGUGAAAAAGUUACUUUUGGAGAUGGAGGACAAGGCAAAAUUCGUGCAAUUGGAAUAACCUCCAGACCUGAUGUGCCUAAACUCUCAAACGUUUACUUUGUUGAGGGUCUCAAGGCCAAUCUGAUCAAUGUGAGUCAACUAUGUGAUGAAGGAUUAGAGGUUAUCUUUAACAGCAAGGAAUGUCGCGCCGUUGAUGCAAGAAACAAUGUGGUGCUGAGAGGUAUUCGUUCAGGGAACAACUGCUAUCUUUGGAGACCUUCAAACGUGUGUUUUACGGCUACUGAAUCCAAACUUGAUCUCUGGAACAAAAAACUGGGUCACAUGAACACCAAUGGGCUUAGCAGACUCGUGAAUGCUAAAGUAGUAAGAGGUGUCCCUGAUUUGGAGAAACAGACAGAGACAGUAUGUGGAGCAUACUGCCAAGGAAAGCAAGUCAAGGUACAGCACAAACAAAUUUCAGAGAUCAGUUCUACACGGAUAUUGGAACUGGUUAACAUGGAUCUCAUGGGUCCUAUAACACCUGAAAGCGUUGCUGGUAACCGAUAUAUUUUUGUAUUGGUUGAUGAUAUUUCCAGGUACACUUGGGCGGACUUCUUACGCAACAAGUCUGAUGCUCUUGAGAGUUUCAGAAUCCUGGCUCUUCAAUUCAAACAGGAUAAGGGAGGAAUCAUUCAGAUUAAGAGCAAUCAUGGGGGUAUGUUUUCCAAAAAUUGUGUGGACAACAAGUUAACAAACCUUAAAAGUAUAAGGUAA